AUGAAUAAAAGCAGCCUGAGUUCAUCGAAAAUCAAACUGUUGUCUUCAGGUGCACCAAUAGAAGUCGUUCCGAAUGAGAUCAUUUUCAAAGAUAUUCAAAUAAACCAGACUUAUGAAAUUGCUGUGUAUGUGCGUAACUUGACACAGACUGCCCGUAGGAUUCGGGUGUUUCAACCCCAUUCGCAUUUUAGAUGCGAUUAUGAAAUGCAAGGUGCAAUUGCAGCUGGGCUUUCGAUGAAGUUAAUUGUCACUUUUGAAACAGCCAGUCUGGAUACAUUUGCGGAUUCCUUAAAGAUCGUCACUGAUAGUUAGUAUAGCAUAAAUAUUCCAUUGCAUGCCUUUCCAGCACAAGCAGCGAUUAUUUACGAGCCAUUCAUAAAUCUGGGAUUUGUGAGAGUGGGCAAGGAGAAGGUAGACAAAAUCCAUUUUAAAAACGAAGGGAAGGCAGCAGGAAGAGUCGAAUUGAAAUUGGAUAGAAUCGUUGAAUUCCGAAUAGAACCCAAUUCAUUCACUCUUACUCCAGGACAGGAAUUUGCUGUCACUGUAUCCUACAAGCCAAGAGAGGCAGGCAUCUUCAGAGGCAUCAUUGAAGUCAUAGCCGAUGGCUAGCAAACUGGGUUGAGUCUGAAAAAUCCCAUUGAUAUUAAUGCAACAUCAAUUGAAUUUACAAGAUUCCUGAUUGAUUAGAAUGGAACCCAAAGCAAUCACUUCAAUUUUGGCACCAUGUUCUAUGGAUAAUAAAAAUAAAUCGAAGCCUAUUUGAUUAAUAAUACACCGAGACAAUAGAGAUUCAAGGCUAAAUUGAAAAAGGGAUUGCAUGAAAAAGAAGAGACCCUUAAACUACAGACACCAGCGGAAUUAGGUCUCGAAUAAACCGAGAGAAUAAUGGAGUGUUGGCCAGACGAAGGAAUGAUUGAGUAAUAUUCCUAAGUGACAAUAAUAUUUAAGUGUAAACCCAAAGUCAGUGAGGAAUUGUAAGUCAGAACUCGUUAAUAUGCAUUAAAUUAAGACAAGAAAAUGGAACAGGAUAAGUUUGAUUAUUCGGCUAUUUUUGACUUUAACGAUGAUGAACCACUGAUGAGUCAUCUUUCUGUCAAUUGCAUUUGUCCAUAGGUGAAAUUUCCUCCAACGUAAACCUUGCAAUUCGGACAGUGCGAAGCUAAUUAGACCAAGGAUAUUGUGUUCGAAGUGUAAAAUAUGUCUAAGGAAUAAUCUAUACUCGUUGGAUUUCCAACAAUUCCAUACUUCACUGUGAAUCCAUAAUUAAAAUCAUUGGCUGUGAAUGAGAAGGUCAAUUUUUGGGUUAGUUUUAGACCAAAACAUGUUGGUUAAUUUUCAAAUGUUCUAAAUGCAGAAAUCCUUGGGGGAGUCUUUAAGAUUCCUAUUAAAGUGACAGGAGUAUGCUAGCAAAUGUUGCCAAAGCCAUAGUUUAAAAAGGGGGCUGAAUCUGAAAGAGCAACGUUAGAAAUAUCUAAAGACAGAUCCAUCUCUGGAAUUAAUAGAACAUCAACAGAUUAAGUAGUACAAUCUUUUGAAAUGUCUCAAUCUCUAGUUUCAUUGUCAUAAUUGAGUAUGGACAAGAUUGAAGAGAUGAAAAAGCAUAACAAGGAGAAAUAUAAUGAGUAUUUGAAGUAGCAUCGAGAAAAACGAAUUAAGAAGGAUAAGGACUCGCAAAUAAAACUAAAAUUUAAGUAGAUGACUGAAAGGAUGGAUCAAAUGAAGAAUGAAUCUUUGGUGCUGAAGAAAAAGAAACAACAAACUACAGUUGAGGACAAACUUGAUCCCCCUAUUGAUUAUGAGUUUGCAGUUGGGAUGCAUGACGAUGUGUACGAGUAAGACUUAAAUCUGCCAGAUGCUAACGAAUCGUUAUUUGUGACCAAACCCAUCUACCACUAUGAACCAUAAACAAGAGUUAAGGAGGGCAAUGUUAUUAAACCAUUCGAUCCUGAUCCUAAGACUGUUCCUAAAAAGAAGUAUCCUAGUGAACCAAAAACACACGGGGAAAUAAGAGACACUACCACUGAAUUAAAUGCUCAAUAGUUACUCAAGAUUUGUGCUGGACCAGUUAAGAUGGAAUUUGGUAACAUCUUUGUGAAAUCGAUGGCUGUCAAGUACUUUUAUGUUAGAAACGAGUUACGUAGUCCAAUCUCUGCUAGGAUCUAUUCUGACAAGGAGGACUUGGUCAAUUCAUACAUGAAACCUUAAAUCAUCCCAAGUGGAUAGACUGCUGGAUUUGAUGUUUGCAUUUGUUCUAAACAAUUAGGAAUGUUCAAAUCGCAUUUAAAGUACAUAAUCAAUGAGAAACACAUUUUCGAGUUAUAGGUUUAAGCAAUGGUGGAGAAAGUCUUCCUCGAAAUGAGUAGGUAGCAAUUAAAAAUGUCAUUCACAGAAGACAAUGCAGAAAUGGAGACUUCUGAAAUCCUAAGAUUAACCAAUAAUGGCAAUGCUGAAGCUAAAUUCAAAUGGAUUACAUCAGACAAGAAACUCUUCUACGUUAAGCCAGAAGAAGGAGUGGUUCCUUCAGGCAAACAUUUGGAAUGUUAGGUGUUCUAUCGACCCUCAUUUGGAGGAAAUAUCCAAUAUAUUCAAGAAACUGCUGUCCUGUCAUUGUACCCAAGACCAUACUGCAGCCACAACUAAAACAGAGGAAGAUAAAAUAAUACUCAAAACAGACGAAGGCAUCGAUCAGACUAUUAAAUGUAUGGGCGUAGUUACAGAACCUAAGUGUUCGAUUAAGUAAGGUCAAUUGGACUUCAAAGAUGUGAUCUUGUCAUCAAAAAUCAUUCUAAAUCUACUGCUGUUUUUGCUAUUAAAUCAUAGAUUGAAUAUUUAGAAAUAAUGCCAAUGAAAGGGAAGAUCCUCUCAGAAGAAACCAAAGAUAUUCAGGUCAAAUUCUUCAGCAAAGAAGAGAGAUCCAUUAAAGGAGACAUCGUAAUACAAAUAAGAGGAGGUAAGAUCUUGAGUAUCCCCUUUUCUGCUACAUCAAUAAUCCCUAAAGUGGAAAUUGAGUAGGACAUCUUUGAGUUUGGGAAUGUCACCACUCUGGGAACCAGCAACUCAAUUCCAUUGACAUUUGUCAAUACCUCUCCAGUGAGUGUGGAAUUAAUUUUGGAUUUGAGAACACAAAACGAUAAUCCUAGGGCUCCAGAUGGAAUCGAGUGUUUGGAAAUUAAACCACAAGAUGAAGAAGAACAAGUUAUGCAUUCAAUUCUUCCCGAUUAAGAAGAAGAUGAACCAAAGGAAGAGGACCCUUUGGAUGAUGCGUCAGAAAAGUCAGAACCAAUCGAAAUCGAAUAAAAGUAGUACAAACAGUAUGCCAUUACCAUUGGAGGUGGCAAGACUCUUCAAUUUAAUAUGAGAUUCUCACCCAAGGAAAGUCAAAUAGUAUUCCUUCGAGAUCCCUAUUACUUUGGCUAGAUAUGGUCCAUUACCCACAUUAAUGAGGAAGGUGACAUGUCGAGGACUCAAACCUAAGUUUUUGAAUUCAAAAAGAAGAUCAUCACAUCUCCUGAUAAGUGUUUCCCUACUGUCGAAGAAAUCAAACUAUCGAAUCCAGAUAGAAAAGAUGUCCAUUGGAAGAUUGAUUGUUCUUCCCUGAAAUCUGAAAAGAUCUUUGGAAUUGAACCUAGUGAAGGUAUUGUGAGUAGUGGAGAAUAAAUAAAAAUUAAAAUCAAAUUCAAUCCUUAUGGACCUGGGUAGUUUAAUGGAGCAGUGCAAUUAUACAUACUUGAGGAUCCAGAGAUUCCAUAGACUCUGCCAUAUGUCGAAAUCACAAUGAGUGGAUCAGGUGCUUAUCCAAGAUUGUUAUUUGAUAAAAAGGAAGUGAUAUUACCUGUUGUACCUCUCAACAUACAGUCGAGGUGCUAUUUCAGAAUCAUUAACGAUGGAUAUGAGAAUUUAAAUCUCAAAUACAAUUGGGCUCAGGAGAUUAGCAAUUAUAAUUUGGAACUCAAAUUUCCUGAAGGCUCAACUUUGGGUGUUGCUAAGAAUAAAUUAACUGUUGAAGUAGUGUUUAGCAAUAAAAAACCAUUAAGUUUUACAACCAGAGUGGAAUUCAUCGACGAAGCCAGAGUCUACAUCAUUUAUAUAUCAGGUACUACUGAUAAUUGUAUAUUUACGAAUCAGAGUUUUCUCUGGAGGAUGGGCAGAUAUCAACUCGAAGUUGAAGACAAAAAACCCAUCAUGUAUGUGGAAGAUGAGAACUUAGAUUCGGACAACGAAAAGAAUCCUAAACAUAAUUUCUCUGUCAAAUCCACAUCAUCCAAAGGAACUGCCAACCUGGGUUACACACCUAUUCGAAGAGAUUUGCUAGACUAAGCUAAUGAAUACAUUGCAAGAUGGCUUAAUUAUCAUGUCCUAACUACAAGCAUUAGUACAUACCCUGAAGAUGUGAUCAGUUCUAAUGGGUAAUAAAUCUUUGAGUUAAUCUCUUUUCUAACUGGAAAAACCACAUUUCCUUAUAAGUAGAACAUAGACCCAAAUUGGAAGAAAUCCCAAAAAGCUGAUGUCCUCUACAAGCAAUAUGAUGAACUCAUAAGGUAACUGAAAAUUGAGGGAGCUCUGCUUAAUCACAUACGAUCUGAAUACUUAUUAGGCUAUCAAGAUUAUUUAGCUUGGCUUAAAAAUUAACCUCCUUCUAAAUAUGAAAAUGUUCCAGAAAAUCUACUAAGAUUGAAUGUCACCAAAUACACAUAUAUUCAAUAUGAUUCUUGGAUCUCCCUAUUUUAUCAAAUACUCAAGAUCUAUUAUCUGAAUAGAAUCACAGCCAAGUCGUUUAAGAGUCUGCCAGGGAUCCCUCAAAAUAAACUAGCUAUUCCUGAAUAUUACUUAGAGGGAUCCAAUGUGAUUUCUUAGCCUGAAGGUAUUCUACUAUACUUCUAUGAAAUCUGCUAUGAGAUCUAGCAUUCUGCAUAUAAAAGAAUCAAGAACUUCGACUUAGAUUUCAAGGAUUCAAUCUUCAUCUCAGAUGCCUUAAAUACAUUCAUCGGAACAUCGAUGAAUGUCUGCAAUAGUGAAGAUGAUUAUAAACAUAACACAGAGAAAUUGUUCCCUGCUUUACAAGAUUUCGGAUUAUAAUCUCAUCUGUUGCCUCAAGAUGUUUAUCAUCCGAAUUGUAGAGAAAUGGUCAUGAUGUUGGUGUAAUUCUUCUUCGCUUUGCCUUAUUAUGUGCCAUAAAAGGAUCCCAUCUUUUUCUCUUGUGUCUUGGGAGAAGAAGUCAUCAAGAGUAUCGAACUCAAGAACCCUACUCAAAAACCAAUCAGUUAUUGGGUUAAAUAUGAAGGACAUCCAGAUUUUCAAUUAGAUGGAGAUGAGAGCAUUAAAAUAGAUCCAGACGUACCCUAUUAAUACAAAAUCAAAUUCACGUCUCGUAUCUCAUAGCCCGUUACUGGUAGAGUGAUAUUCACGAAUAAAAAAGAGUCCAAUGUUUAAGCAGCCGCCUUGGUGUUUGAGUUAAAGUCAAGCAUAACUGGAAGGAAAUCUGAAAAGUAAUGGAAUGUGAGUUCAAUUUUAUACGAAAUUUUCGAUUUUCAAAUUUAGAUUACCAACAAAUUCUUGUUUGAUGGAGACUUCUAAAUUAUAAUCACUCACGAGAAAAAGCAAUAAGAUCAAUAGAAGAGGAAAGGCAAACAAGUGAUAUAAUAAGUACAAUAAACGUAAGAAGAAGAGUUUCCUGCAUUCUUCUGUUAAUAGGAUAGGAUUAGAAUAAGGAAAAAUCAAACUAUAAAUCUAAUUUUGUAGUACAUCCCACUAAUUAUGGAGACACAUAAAUGCUAGAUAGUAUUUACAGAUCCUCAAGUGGGGGAAUUUUAACAUGAUUUAUAAGGAACAGUGGAGUUGCCCAAUAUAUCAGGUGAAUUUAAACCUGAGAAACUAUUAUACGUUGAUCAGGCAAUUCAGAUUCCAUAUCAAAUUCCCUUUAAGAAUGAGUAGAUACUAAGAGCAAGAUAAUAGAUAUUACAAAUACUGUAAUUUAAGUAGAAGAUUAAAUAAUAAUAAAACAUCGCUGAUAAAACUAGUUCAUCUAACAAUUUCUUGAAUAAUCCCAAUUUCCCUGGAGGCAAUUUAGACUAAAUUACGUUUGAAUUAGAGGUAUUCCCAGCUACACAAUACGUCCAAGUGCCCAACGUUCUUACUGUUGCAGAUAGUACGAAAAGAUCAACUGAUAGAAACAAUGAUGGCAAAUUACCUGUAACUUAUGCCUUUAAAAAUGCCACUAGAGAUUUUAAUGUAAUCUUGACAUUAAAAAACAAAUUUGAUAUCAGAAGGUAUAAGUUAACUGCAUAAGUGUUACCAAAAGUAGUCAAGGCCACUUUAGAGUUUAGAAUACCAGCUAGAUAAUAAGUGAUUUAAGAAGUACCAAUAGUAAAUGGAUCGGAUAAGGAUUGGGUGAUUAAAGUGUAAUUGACUCAAUCUGGAGACAACUUAUUUUAAUGUCCGAAUAAGGAGUUUGUGAUAAAGAAGAAAACUACUGGAUAAUUUCCAAUUACAUUUCAUCCUCAAUGGAUAGCUUAGAGUGAGGCCAAAUUGAUUUUGAGCAAUCCAAUCACGAAUGAUAUGUUCGAGUAUGAUUUGAUUGGGAUUGGAGAAGAGCCAGUGGCUGAGGAACAUAUCAUUUUGAAUUGCACUCCAAGGAGGGUAUUAAAAAGAGAUAUAGAGCUGAAGAAUUAGACAGACAAGUAAAUAGUCUACAAAGUUGAGACUGAUUUGAUCUAUGCAACGGGUUAAUCUUCAAUUACAGUGGGAGCAGGGAAGAAGGCUAUUUAUUAGUUGACAGUCCAACCAAUUUUAUCUGGAUAAUACACCGGAUCCAUAACAUUCACAGAAGAAAAUGGGAAGUAUCUAUGGUACACAGUUUUCAUGAACACAGAGUCACCUAAAUCAGUACAAACAUUAGAAUUGUCUUGUUUAAUCAGAUAGGCCACUGUGAUUUAAUUGACAUUGCAAAACCCUCUUCCAGAGACUGCUAUUUAUGAAGCAAUCAUCAGUGGCGACGGAUUGAUAGGUGAAGAUCAGUUUGCCAUUGGAGCUAAUAAGGAGGGUCCUUAUGAGUUGACCUUCGCUCCUUUUAAAGUGGGUAGGUGGAGAGGAAGUGUUGCAUUUGUUAAUAGAUAACUUGGAGAGGUUUGGUAUGAAUUCAUAUUGACAUGUGAGGAAUAGCCAGUGAUCAAACUAAAUCUGUUGAAGGCAUCCUUGGGAAAGGUGGAAUAACAAGUAGUAAUACUUGAAAAUCCAUCUGAUCAAAAAGUAACCCUAUAAUCCAGAGUAAGCAACCCCACCAAUUUCGAUGUGCUACCUGAUGAAUUAGUCAUACAACCUUUUGAUUAUCUAAAAGUCAGCGUCAGAUAUACUCCUUCCUCUUUAGAUUAAAUAGAACAAUCUGAAAUUAUAUUUACAUCAUCAAUAGGAAAAUGGCAUUAUUUAGCUUUUGGAAAUGGACUUCCUCCAACUAAAUUUUCUGCUGCCACUGUUAGCAUAGGAUUGAACAAGGAUUUCAGUUCAGUUGUUCAUUUUAAGAAUCCCUUCAAGGAUCCAAUUACAGUCAAAAUUGACUUGGAUGCACAAGGACACAAUAAAGAUAUCUUUAGAUUGUUGACAAGCAAAAAUGAUAAGGUUUUAGUCCCAGGAAUGAAUGUCUUACAAAUCCCUUAUUCAUUUGUACCCAGAGAAAUCACUAGCUAUUAUGCCGAAGUCAUUGUCCAAAUGAAUGAAAAGAUUUCUUGGGUUUUCCCUAUUAAAGGAGUCACUGAAAGUGUUUCCACUCAGACCUUAUUCCACUUCAAAGCCAAAUGCAGAGAUAAGUGGGAAGAUGAGAUUAAAAUAGGUUUAUAAGGCAUUGCUCAAACCUUGUAGGCUGAUGAUAAAUUUGAAUUCGAGUUAGGCAAUGUACCAGUGGAUCUACAACAAAUGAUUCAAAAAUGCUUUAGUGUUAAAUGUACUAAGAACUAUCUAAGCAACCCUCAUGAGAAUCUACAUUAUGCAGUGCGCUUUCAACCUAUGAAACCAUUCAAAGCCAGUCUCGAAUUCAUAGUUUUGAGAUAAAGUGGAGGCAGAUGGAAAUAUAAAAUAAUAUUAGAAGCCACUCCCCCCGAUGAAGAUGAUGUCAUUAUCAUUAGUUCUCCUCUAAAUAAAACCACCAGUGUCUCCUUCAAACUCACUAACAAAACAAAAAACUAUGCCAAAUUCUAUGCAGGGUUCACUCCAGAUUCCGAUGCAGAAUUUUCCAUCAUACCCAAAGUUGGCGAUCUUGAGCCUUACGGCAGAGAAGGGACAACCUUUGUCAUAUCAUUUACUCCAAUCGAAUAUGGCAAAAUAAGAAAAGGCAAAUUAAUCAUCUAGACUGAAGAGAUGUACUGGUCAUAUGUCAUUAAAGGAAUCCUCCCAAGAUAUGUGCCUCCUCAUGUUAAACAUUCAUCUAUUGACACUCAUCUAAGUUAAUCUCUCAUUCAACAGUCAUCUCUUAUGGAUUUAUCCAAAAACUUUGUCAUUGACAACAUCAAAAAAGCCAGACAACUCACUCCUCCUUCAUCCAGAAAGCAAAUCUUAUCAGAAGCAUCCUUUUUAAAGAAAUGA